CCAGCCGCCAGGGCAAGGAAGGUGUGGGGAAGGAGGGGGAGGGCAUUUGCAUGCAACGCCAGGCGAGAGUGAGGGAGCGAGAAAGAGAGAGCAAGAGAUGAAAAGAAAUUACCCUCUGCCAGGAUCUUGUUAUUCAACCCAGUUUCCAAAGGACCACAGCUGGCGCACUGAGAUAAUCCGUUAAUUAUAACAGCCAUUGUGCUCGGGCAGCGAGAGGGAGACCGAGGCUGGGGGCGGGGAUGGGGGCGGGCGCAGGUCAGCAGUUGGGGGUCACCGGACCUACCUACCGGAGGGUGCAAGGGCGGGCGAGAGGAGGGUGUCGCCCUUCAUUCCAGAAGGAGCGAGGAGGGUCCGUGGGCCACCGACAGCUGCCAACUUUAUUGAGCACUUACUGUGUGCGCGAGCUCGGCGGGCAGGCAGCCCCCUUGCAGGCGGCCCCCUGCACUCCCAUUUCACGGAAGGGGAGGCCGAGGCCCACGGGCGCUGGAGCUUGGGGGGGCGGAGGCUGCGCUCACAGGGGCAGCCAAGGGGGGUCUGAGCCAGCUGGGCCUUGGCAGGAGGGUGUCCGCAGAGGCCCCCCGGGUGCUGGCUGCACCCCUGACCCCUGGCAGGCGUGGGGUGUCCCUCCCACCCAUUUCCGGGGUUCCUGAGGCAGACAGGGCCUCCUUGUUCUCUCGCGGGACAGCUGCAGGGCCACACCCGCUUCUGAGGAGCCAGAGUCAGGGUCAGCCGGGGGACCCCGAGUGACCCCCGGACGGGACUGUGAAGACCCGGGGGGUGUCAGUUGAGCUCGCGGGGUCCCGGCCCCGGAGAGGCGGGGGGCAGACAGGCAGGAGGCCUGGCGAGAGGGGGAUGGGGCAUCCCGGGGGGCCCAGGGCCCGCAGCAGCAGCUUCCAUGGGGGAGGGGCUAGGAGAGGCCCCGGGCACGGCCCCCCAUCCCCGGCCUCGGGGACCCCCGUGCAGCAGCUCGGCCCGGGCUGGCAGCGCUUUUGGGGAAACAGGUUUGGGGCGAGGGUCGCUCAGAGCCCAGCAGUCAGCCCAGUCCCGGGAGCGCCCGGCCCGGCCCAGGGCCUGCUGGAGCCCAGCUGGGCUUGACUGGGGGUCUGACACCCCGAGAGAGACACGGUUCCCCCCCCCCCCCCGACACGGCCGGCCGGAGCCAGGCCCGCACAGUGCUCAGGAUCGCGGCCUUGCCGGGAGCCCCCGACUCACUGGCGCCCCCUGCGCCAGGCUCAGCCACCCCUGGGCGGGGGGCGGCCCAGCCGGCUGGGAACCCCGAGCACCGCCGGGUGCGCCCUGGACCCCCGAGCCAGGGGCGGCUGCUGGGACUUCCCCUCCCCCAAGGCUGGGGGUCCGGUGGUCCCCACCACCCUUUGAAGUUGGCUCCACGGCCCCCCACCCAGGGGCCACACAGGAGGUGGUGCUGGAGGGGGACGUGCCGGACCCCCUGGGGGUCCUGGUGGUGCUGCUGGAGCCUCCCCACACACCCUCCUUGCGACUCACUGGAAUGUUCUUCAACCCACUGUCGGGGGCGGGGUCCGUAGCGCCGGCGCACAGCAGGUCCGGGCCCCAGCACGGCCUCAGUUUCCUGCUCUGUCAGGUGGGAACGUGGACCGCACGAGCCGGGCGGGGGGGGGGGGUGCCCGGGAGCGGGAGGCGCCUAGGCCCACCCACUUGAGCCCCAGUUUUCCUCUUGCCCUGGGCUGCCCCAAGGUGCCGGGGGCGGGUGGGGGGGGGGCGGCCGAGCCGGCUCUGGUGCAUAGUAGGUGCUCCAUAAAUGUUUAUUGAAUGAAUGAAUGGAGGCCGUGCAGGCAGCGCGCAGGCCCUGAGGCGAGCGGGGCCGUGGACAUCGGGACCAGGUGACAGAUGGGUCUCUUCCUUCCUGCCCCCGGCUCCCGCGCCCCCCCUUCCCAGCGCCGAGCCCCAGCCUCCCGCGGGAAUCAUCUGAACUGCUGAGCCCUGAACCCGAGGAGGAAGAGGAGGAGGAGGAGGAGGAGGAGGAGGAAGGCGAGGAAGACCGGCAGCCCUAGAGCCCUGGCGCUUUCCCACGCAGGCGCAGACGGUGCCCCCGGCCCGGCCCCGGCGCCCAGCGGGUAGCGCCCUCCCCCCCCCCCCCCCCCCCCCGAGAAAAACACCCAGCGGCCCUGGGCACCCACCGCACCUGGGACCCCCGCGCCGGGGGUCGCCCCCACGAUGGUGGCGGCCCCGGGGAGGACUGUGCCGCCCGCCUGGGCCUCGGGCCGCUAGGCUUGCCCCGGACGACCCCGCCGCCGCCGCCCCGCGGCCUGCGGGCCUGCCCGGGGGCCAUGCUGCGCCUGGGGCUGUGCGCCGCCGCGCUGCUGUGCGUGUGCCGGCCGGGCGCUGUGCGGGCCGACUGCUGGCUCAUCGAGGGCGACAAGGGCUACGUGUGGCUGGCCAUCUGCAGCCAGAACCAGCCGCCCUACGAGACCAUACCGCAGCACAUCAACAGCACCGUGCACGACCUGCGGCUCAACGAGAACAAGCUCAAGGCCGUGCUCUACUCGUCGCUCAACCGCUUCGGGAACCUCACGGACCUCAACCUCACCAAGAACGAGAUCUCCUACAUCGAGGACGGCGCCUUCCUGGGCCAGGCGAGCCUGCAGGUGCUGCAGCUGGGCUACAACAAGCUCAGCAACCUGACGGAGGGCAUGCUGCGCGGCAUGGGCCGCCUGCAGUUCCUCUUCGUGCAGCACAACCUCAUCGAGGUGGUGACGCCGGCCGCCUUCUCCGAGUGCCCCAGCCUCAUCAGCAUCGACCUGUCCUCCAACCGCCUCAGCCGCCUGGACGGCGCCACCUUCGCCAGCCUGGCCAGCCUCAUGGUGUGCGAGCUGGCGGGCAACCCCUUCAACUGCGAGUGCGACCUCUUCGGCUUCCUGGCGUGGCUGGUGGUGUUCAACAACGUCACCAAGAACUACGACCGGCUGCAGUGCGAGGCCCCGCGUGAGUUCGCCGGCUACCCGCUGCUGGUGCCGCGGCCCUACCACAGCCUCAACGCCAUCACGGUGCUGCAGGCCAAGUGCCGCAACGGCUCGCUGCCCCUGCGGCCCGCCAGCCACCCCACGCCCUACUCCACCGACGCGCAGCGCGAGCCCGACGAGAACUCGGGCUUCAGCCCCGAUGACCUCCUGUCCGUCGAGCCGCCUGCCUCGUCCUCGUCCACCACCGACGCGGCGGCCGGGCCGGCCAUCAAGCUGCACCACGUCACCUUCACCUCGGCCACGCUGGUGGUCAUCAUCCCGCACCCCUACAGCAAGAUGUACGUGCUGGUGCAGUACAACAACAGCUACUUCUCCGACGUCAUGACGCUCAAGAACAAGAAGGAGAUCGUGACGCUCGACAAGCUGCGGGCGCACACCGAGUACACCUUCUGCGUCACGUCGCUGCGUAACAGCCGCCGCUUCAACCACACCUGCCUGACCUUCAGCACGCGCGACCCGGUGCCCGGUGACCUGGCGCCCAGCACGUCCACCACCACCCACUACAUCAUGACCAUCCUGGGCUGCCUCUUCGGCAUGGUCAUCGUGCUGGGCGCCGUGUACUACUGUCUGCGCAAGCGCCGCUCCCAGGAGGAGAAGCAGCGCUCGCUCAAGGUCAAGAAGACCAUCCUGGAGAUGCGCUACGGCGCUGACGUGGACGCGGGCUCCGUGGUGCACGCGGCGCAGAAGCUGGGCGAGCCCCCCGUGCUGCCCGUGGCGCGCAUGGCGCCCAUCCCCGCCAUGAUCGGGGAGAAGCUGCCCGCCGCCAAGGGGCUGGAGGCCGGGCUGGACACGCCCAAGGUGGCCACCAAGGGCAACUACAUCGAGGUGCGCACGGGCUCGGGCGGGGAGGGCCUGGCGCGGCCGGAGGAUGACCUCCCGGACCUGGAGAACGGCCAGGGCUCGGCGGCCGAGAUCUCCACCAUCGCCAAGGAGGUGGACAAGGUCAACCAGAUCAUCAACAACUGCAUCGACGCGCUCAAGCUAGACUCGGCCUCCUUCCUGGGCGGCGGCGGCGGCGGCGGCGGCGGGGACCCCGAGCUGGCCUUCGAGUGCCAGUCCCUGCCGCCCGCCGCCACCGCCUCGGCGGCCGUGGUGCCCGCGGCGCUGGAGCGCCCCAGCUUCCUGUCCCCGCCCUACAAGGAGGCCGCGCACCACCCGCUGCAGCGCCAGCUCAGCGCCGACGCCGCCGUGGCGCGCAAGACCUGCAGCGUCUCGUCCAGCGGCUCCAUCAAGAGCGCCAAGGUCUUCAGCCUGGACGUGCCCGACCACCCCGCGGCCGCGGGGCUGGCCAAGGGCGACGCCAAGUACAUCGAGAAGGGCAGCCCGCUCAACAGCCCGCUGGACCGGCUGCCGCUGGUGCCCGCGGGCGGCGCGGGCGCGGGCGUGCACCACCUGGAGGUGAAGCCCGCCUUCCACUGCAGCGAGCACCGGCACAGCUUCCCCGCGCUCUACUACGACGAGGGCGCCGACAGCCUGAGCCAGCGCGUGUCCUUCCUCAAGCCGCUGGCGCGCGCCAAGCGGGACGCGGCCUACUCGCAGCUCUCGCCCAGACACUACUACUCGGGCUACUCGUCCAGCCCCGAGUACUCGUCCGAGAGCACCCACAAGAUCUGGGAGCGCUUCCGGCCCUACAAGAAGCACCAGCGCGAGGAGGUGUACAUGGCCGCCGGCCACGCCCUGCGCAAGAAGGUCCAGUUCGCCAAGGACGAGGACCUGCACGACAUCCUGGAUUACUGGAAGGGGGUCUCGGCCCAGCAGAAGCUCUGAGCCCCGCGCGCGCGCGCUCGCCUGCCCGGUGAGGUCGGAGCGGGAGGGCGCGGCGGGGCGCAUGGGCGCAUGCGCGCGCGCAGGGGGGGGCCGCGGGGCGGGGGGGGCGCGCGCGCGCCAGGACGCACACGCACACCCGCACGCACGCACGCACGCACACACCUGACCACCACCUGACUGUGAACCACCACCCGACAAUAACGGACUGGGGAAACAGACACGUUCUCCUUCAAGUUUACACCCCGAUGCCCCACCAGUUGUCGUUACUGUGCUGCCCAGGGCGCGCGGGGCCGGGCCAGCGGGGGCGGCCCCCGGGGCCAGGGCGACGGGCCACCCGGCGCGAGGCCCCGCCCUCCGGGACGCGCAGACGGAGGUCCCCGAGGGCCACAGGGAUGGACGGCCCCAGGGUCAGAGGGCGGGCAAGGAGUCGCCUCAACCCCGCCCAGUGCUACACCCCGCCCCCGCCCCCGCGGCACCCCUGGGCCCCCUCCCCUCCCCUCCGCCCGCCCCCACCCCUCUCCGGGACGGUGACCUCCCUGUCGCCCGGGAGGCCACUGGGCAGCGGGGAGGGGGCCGUGCUUCCCGGGAAAGCCCCCCUGGCCGCGCGCCCCCGCCCGCCCCCGCCGGCUCCCCGCGGAGAGGCAGGGGGUGGCCGCGGCUCCCGCCCCUUCCUCCGGCCCCUUCUAGCGUCUUCCAAGCAUCGCGAGGAGCGGUGCCCGGGGUCGGAGGAGGGGGCCCGGGCCAGCCCCCCACUGCAUCUCAGGUGCAGCCCCCCCCUUCCCCUGUCCCCGAGCACCUCUGGCCUCCGGGACCCCCACUCAUCCCCCCCCAAAGGCCGCAGUGAACUGUGAUGCCUGAGAAGGUGGGGUGCUUACGGGGACUUUCCUGGCCCGGACCCCCACAUCCUGGCCGACCCCCCUCAGGGGCUCUCAGGGCCGCCCCUGGGCCUGAGGAAGGAGGGUUUCCUGGGGCUUGGCCCCGCGCCCUCUCUUGGUUGCCCCCCCCUCACUCCAGGCCUCAGGGCGUCCGUGUUUCCAUGGAAACAGCCACUCCCCCCCACCCCGCUGACCCCCACCCAACACCCAACAAAGCACAAACAGUGAGCGCCCCUUCCCGCGCUGGGGGGCGGGCGGGGAUGAGGCUCGCGGGGCUCCGCCCCCGGCGAGGCCCCGCCCCCGUCUCCAUGGCAACGCGGAGACUGGCCGUUGGGACCGUUGGGCGGUUGGGGGAUGAUCCGGCCGCGGGCAGCCGCGGGGGGCGCUGGCCCCGGCUCUCUCCGGAGCUGGAGACUGGGGUGCGGGGUUCCUGAUCCCAGAGCCGGGGUCCGUCCCGAGGGGGGCGGCGGGGGGCGACGCAGCCGGUGUCAGCCACAGCCCCUCGGGACUUGAGGGACGGGCGGGGGGCGACGGGCCGCUCCGAGCUGGGGGCGGGGGUCUGAUGGGGAAAGCCGGGCCGACCCUCGACGGGGAGCUUUUUGCUGUGGGGGGGCUCGGGAAGGGGGGCGACCUCGCUCACUCAGAGGACGAACCAAGCCCAGGGCUCGCUUGGGGGGGGUGACACUCGCGAAGAAAGGACUGUUCUGGGGGGGUGAGGGCAGGGGGGAGCCCCAGGGAGACGCAGAGCAGCCGCCCCCGCCCCGCCCCCUCCUCACUCCGGACCGGACCGAAACCAGCCAGCCGGCGGGCGGCGGGCGCGAAGCAGAUCCCCUGUUAUAUUUGCAUGAUGAUUUUACUGUAUUUUUUCUGAGCAAACAUCUGUCGUGUAUGUGCCAGUCUGUCCCGUCCCCCCUCCCCCCGCCCGGCCCCCCGCCCCCGCCAGCCCACACCCCCUCCUCUCUGUUUGACCUGGCGAGCAGCUCUGGUCGCCCGGGGAGGGUCCCUGCUCUGCGAAAGACCCAAAACAGGUGCCACCGCCCCCCUGCCCCCCCCCCGCCGUCUCCAGGCUGGGCCCCCUCCCGUCCCCUCGACCUUGCGGGCGAAGGAAGGACGGCAACGGGGCCCCCAUCGCCCCUCGUCCUAAGGACAGACGAAGUCGGGCCAGGGGCGCCCCAGAAGGCGGCUAGGUGCAGUGGGAGGGGCCCCACUGCUGAAGACAGACUUCCAGAAGCUUCCAGGGGGCCCUGGAAGCCCAUGAGAGGAAUUGGGGGGAGAUUGGGCUGUGGGGGGGUCACGAUGGGUCUGAGCUGCCGCAGGGACCCUCGCCCCCCUGCUGCACCCCCCCACCCAAUUUGUGGUCCAAGUUGGCCUGCCUUGAAGGGUCUUGAAGGCUGGACUCCAUCAGCAGGCGCGGGGGGCUGCCCGGCCUGGGUGCCCCCACCCCAUGGGCCAGGUGAAGGGGGUCCCUCCCUGCGGCGGGGGGGCGGCCUCCCAGUCUUCCCUGCAUAUCAGUUCAGACCUGAUUCAGGGCCUUUUGCCACCACCCCCUCCCCAAGGGCGGGGGCGAUAAUUACCAAAGACGGGUGCACCCCCCGCCCAGGCCGAGUCUGGCCCGGGCCUUGGGCUGGGCAAGUGAUGAGCACUGAGCAAGGGGUGCGGCCCCAGGGGAGGGGGGUUGGGGGGGCAGUGGAUCAGGGGGAAGAAGGGGACCUGGGGGAGGCUUGUGGGCGGGGUGGGGGGAGAGAGUCAGCUGGGCCCUGGGCCUGGUCUUCGAGACACUGAACCCCAGUGGGAAGCGACCCCAAGGGCCCCGGGAGGCGGCGGCCUUCCAGGAGGCGGCGUUGAGGUCCAGCGGGGGAAAUUCUUAUGGGGCAACUCCGUGUGGGGCUUCUCCCUACCCCCCAGCCCCCUCCACGAAGGAGCUUGGAGGGCGCCAAGGCCAGGCUGAAGUAGCCCCUGUCCGGGCUACCCUGGGGGCCCGAGGGCCAGCGGGGACAAGGCCAGUCACUGGGGACACGAGGCCAGGUUUUGCCCCUGCGGGCGGCAGCUGGGCCUGGCCGGGGUCACUUCCAGUGUUAAGGUUUUAACCGGGAGUUGCUGGCUCAUCCCCCCCAACCCUGAGUCUUGGAGAUUUCCCACGGGGGGUCCGAGAAGCACAGGGCGGGGGAGGAAGGGCCGCAGGGAGGGGCCAGGCCUCCGGGCAGGUUUCGAGGGGGAGAGGGGGAGGCAGGUCCCAGUUGAGAGGGACCCCAGGCACAGGCUGGGUGGGCAGAGGCCCGGCUCGGGGCGGGGGCAUCCCUCCAGGGGCUUGGCCAGCCCCCAGCCCCCUCUGGCGGCCCCCUCCCCGCGCCUCCUCCACACCAGGGCCUAGGGCAGUGGUGGGCCCCACCGUCCCCCUUGCACCUUUAAAACAGAACCAGUAUUUACACUUCCCUCCCGCUGUCUGCCUCAGCUCCCGCGGGCAGGAGGGGAUCCCCAGGUGGGCAGCAGCGUCUCAAGCCCCCUCCCCCCUGUUCCCUGCCAGACAAGCACAGGUACGGGCAGGGCCGAGGGGCGCACCCACCCCCUCCCCCCGCCCCCACGGUCGGCACCUGAUUUGGGUCCCAAAUGCGGACUUGGCUCUGGGAAGCAGCCCCUUGAUCUGUGUGUGGACCCCCGCCCAGGGGGUGCGGGCUGACCCCUCUCCUCCUCUUCUUUUAGGGAAUAACUUCAUUUCUUUUCUCUCCCCUCUCUUCACCUCUCCCUCCACCCCCCCGCCCCCCAUUUCCUGUUUUAAACCGAAUGGCACGAAAUUGUUUUCCUCGACUCGGAGAUUCCUGUAUGGAGAAAGUCAAUUUCUAUAUUUGCAAUAAAUUUCGUAUUUAAAACAACGGA